GGAUCAACAUGACCCCAAAAAAACUCUUCUACAAAAGAGACAGCACUUCCGACCAUGCGUAGUCAACACAGGAAAUUUGAUGGGCGCCAAUGUUGAUAGGUACGAAAUUUAGAUUUUUGUGCACCCAAUGGCAGUGCCAGUCCAUUUAAGCAGCAUGCCUGAGCAUAUUCGUAUGCCUCAUCUCAGAGAAGUACCAAGAUUUUCACUGAAUAAGCAGACUGAGUCCUGUGCAGAUCAGCAGUUUCUCCAUUUUCCAGCAACAGCCUAUGCUCUUUGGGAUGGUACUAGUACGGGGUCCCCAGUUUUCCUCCAUGUUGUUCAGCACAGAGACCUCAGAAUAUGUGUGCUGGAGAGAGUUCUCUGGCUUAUUCACAAGCAGUGUGAAGCUGAGGAUGAUUCCGCCAAGGUUCUUGUGGGGUCUCUAACUAUUCAAAAUGACAUUGAAGGCAUAUGCUUCGAAAUCGAUGAGAUUGACACACAGCAAGGAAAAACAGAGACAAGAAUGACAGUUGGAGAUGUAAUGGUCCCAGUCCAGGUAUCUAAAAGUAGAAACCAGGAAUGGUCUGGCUCUGUGGAAGAUUAUGUUGGAGCCAUGAAGCUUCUGGCCCAGCGCUGUAACUGCAGGGAUGCACUAGAGCUCAGUAAUUUUAUGCUGUUGAAGGGCUGGUUUAGCUUUCAUGAAGGCAAUGCAGACAAAACUAUAGCCCAUCUGCAGUUUGAUGUGGUGACCAUGGCAACAGUUUUCAAGGCCACACCCAUCAACAUGGUGCCCAUUGUGCCAACUGCCCUUGCCAAAAAUCUGUCAGGACCUCAUAGUCUGAGCCAGGUGCAGGGAAGGCCUAAGAGUGGAUAUCUCACCAUGGACCAUACUAGAAAACUGCUGUUGGUGUUGGAAACAGACCCUAAAGUGUCUAGCCUGCCUAUUGUUGGAAUCUGGGUGUCAGGAGCAAGUUUGGUGCAUCACCCAUUUGUAUGGGCUGCUUGUCUAAGAUACCUUCACAGCUCUCAGCUACAGGAUAGGAUAUGCACACCACCAGAAGCAUUUCUUUUAGUUCUGUAUUCCCAACUACAUUCUAAGCCCGAGUUUUAUGAAGUCAACACAGUAUCAGGCAAACCAGACCUGGAGUACAGACUGUAUAGCGGCUAUGAAGUCACAAGUUUCUCAAAGAAAUCGAGUGGACCUGACCCUUCAAACAUUGAGUGGGAAGUGAAGGAAGUACAAGGUGGUUCUAAGGGAGAGAUGUUUAAUGCUGCCAUUCAGAUGUUUAAGUCUCAGGGGUGCUCUGCAGGAGGCUUGAAUCGGUUGGCCACAAGUGCAUCCUCUGCCACAGAGGACAUUAUGCCACGCUCAAUUCCAGCUCCACACACUGCCAAGGCAAUGGUGGUGAAGCCUUUAGUGCCAGAAGUUUCUAUUCUGUGGAAUGAUACUCCACCUAUCUGUAAUUCUCAGUGCCCUUCGUCUUUCCAGCAUGGUGAUGGCACUGCGCCAAUUUCAGGACAGGGGGUGAUGGAUGAUGUGCCAAGACAGUUUCCGCCUGCUGGUUACACUUUAUUUCCUAGCAAACCUUCUGUAAUUAGACAGCCCCAAGCCAACACAAACUCAAAAAACCAUUUAGCACUACAGCAGAACACAAACCCAGCAUCUCCAAGUGCUGUAAAGAAUGGAGAAACUACCACUGUUAAUGAAGGCAGGCAUUAUGUUUACAAUAUUGAUUCACAAUCUGCUCAAGUUAAUAGCUCGCAUGUAAAUGCAUACUUGAGGAAGAGUACACAGCUGCCACAUCUUGUUCCUCCAGCAUCGGUGAAUGUAUGCAGACCGCAGCCCUUGCAGGUACAAGCCAGAUUUCCACCAUGUGCAACUCAAGCACCCACCUCAAACCAAAGACAGAUGAUGACAGACAUGAGACAGGCAACCCCUUUUCCUCAUCAAGUGCAUCAUAAAGGUACAUUGUUAAUCCCCACCAGCCCAGAGAAUCGACAGCCACUCCCACAGCCAUUAAGGUCAGGGAUUGAGACGACUGGAGCAUGUCUGCAUGUUUGCCAAGCAGGCCUCCAAUCAAAUCAAACAGAAGCCCAGGCACACACAGUACCCCAGACACCCAGGCAUCAUGUACAGCUGGAACUGGGUUGUCAAACCCCAGUUCAGUCCCAUCACAUUCCGGUUUCACCAUUGUCAUCAGAAUUGACCAGAAUCUGUCCAUGUCCUUCUUCUUGCUCAACAGUUCCAGGCAAAGCUGAAGGGCAAAUGCAUAUUCUUGGUAGCUGUCAACAGUGCCCCAUGAUGAAGAGUUCACAGAUACAGGGUACUCAGACGCAAUCAGCUUCUUAUGCAAAUCCAGAAUUUUCUGUAAAGUACAUGACCCAGAUGCCAGAUGCAUUGCAGGGCCCACUUGGAGGUCUCACGAGUCCUUCAGGUUCAGCUGAGCCACAUCCUGCAGGUUUCUGGAUGCAUUUUCCACCAACAGGCACACAGUUAUCUCCAAGGAUAGGGGAAUGUGGAAGAGAGACUGCAAUCCCAGCCGAAAUUACUGCUUGCAGUGGCAGGUCCAGCAAUGACAGUGGCUUGAGUGUGACACCAAACAAUUCCAAUCCCUCACCCAAGCGUCCUACCAGCCCUAGUAUAAAGACCAGCGAUCUUGAAGGAGCAGGAUCAAGAAUCAGCUGGGACCAAGUGCCUCCAGAGGUGGUUCAGCUGCUGAUGCAGCAAGAUGCUCAGCUGAAGUUGCUGCAGGCCCAGAUCCAGACUCUCAUGGCUCAACAGCUUCAGCAUCAGCAACAACUAGCUACAUCGCAGGGUCCAGCCUCAUCAAGUGUCAUGCCUGGACAUUCACCUUCCAGCCCUCUUACACUUUCCAAGAAGCCAACAGGAUCAAUACACUCUGUUGCUGUUAACACAACAGUGGUUCCUCCUGACUCGCCUUGCAAACCUCAUCACCCAACUCAGUGUGUUUCUGUCCAAACUAGUCCCCAGUCUUCUCUUUUGCACACUGCAUCACCACAAGAUCUCAUAGAAAAGCAUGGAGGUAUUGCUGUUGGCACCACUUCGUACAGAAUGCAUGGAUAUGCACCUGAGACAGAAGAACAACUAUACAUUUCCACACCCAAUAAGCGACAAGAUCAGCAAGAGGCUGAUUUGAGCAGCACAUGGAUUGAUGAGGAUCAGGCAAGGAAACAAAGCAUCACGCGCUCACCUGCACUGACAGACAGUGUUAUGUCACCCAGCAGGUCUGGCCAGCAGUUAUCCCCCUUCUCAAACUGUUCAAGCCCAGCGAGUGCCAGCAUGUGUGCAGAUACAAGCAAAGAAGAUGAGAGCAAAUUAGAGAUCAGCCCACAUUCCCCAGACUACUAUGACCUGGUUAUAAACAAUAUUCAACUGUUUUUAAAUCACCAGAAGAAUGAAAAUGAGCAUUAUCAAGCAGCAGACACUUCCAGCAAAACAAAUAACUCACUGGACGUGAUGGAAUUAGCCAUCAGUCAGUCUCCAGAGAGCCAUUCUAAUCCUAGUGUGGGUGGAAGCUCAAACACUACUUUGGUUCCCCAAAUCAACUACUUCUCCAUGAUGCUUGAUUCAGACUCGAACACGUCACUGGAAAUCAGUGCGAUGGCCAUGAAGUACUUGCGUGAUGACCAACUCACGAAGCUUGCACGAUUACGCCAGGGGCCUGUUUCUCACCAGAACAGCAUCAUCUUGCAUCAGGUUCUGGCUUCAGGUGGCAACAUGGCAGACACAUCACACCUGGGGGGUUCUGGAAGCAACCUCAGCAUGGCUACCCACCAGUACAUGGUGCGGCACGGACUGCUGGGAGGUGGUGGUGAAAGCAUGCUGGACUCUAACCACACCAUACAGCUGCAAACAAACUUUAGUCUGGCUGCAGCCUCUGAGGCUAACAGUACACUCAGUCUGGAUUCUUCCCCAAGGCGACCAAAUUCUGAUCCUUACUCUCCUCACAUUUCUCCUGCUAGCAGAAGCCCCAUCAAAAAGGAAUUGCUGCAUGGGCAGAUCCGACCAUCACCUGCCAUUCCAGGUGGAGAGGAAGCGAUUUUGGAGAAGGGGGCAGCCUUGCAUGAUUUGGGGGCCUCGCCCAUCUUUCAUCCACCACAUUUUCAGGGAGCAGCAUUUAAACGAAUGCAUGGCGAUCCUGCUGUGGAAGACUUCCGAGGUUGUCCUGAAAGGUAUCGCCCUGCUUGUCUGCAGGAUGUUAAAACUAGUGAAUGUUCAUCCGCAACAGAAAAGUUUCUUAAUAUAGAAAAGUUGAAGCAAAUGCCCAAACUCUUAUAGCUAUUCUAGUCAGUAGAUUGGUGAGCACAAGCGUAUGAAUGAGAGAGUAUAUUUAUUCUUUAGCAGUAUCUUAUAUUUUCUCCUGUAUGGUUCUGCAUUAUAGUAGUGACAUACUCACAAAAUCCUGUUGUAUUUGUAAUACUCCAUUUUAGAAGACUACAACCAACCAGACCUCUGAAAGUCAAAUCUGUUGUGUUGAAAUUUAAAAUUCAAAUUUACCUUGUCUUAUAAAAUAUCAAAUGUUUAACCAUGAGAAUUUGUACCAUACAAAAUUAUUUUUGGUAUUACCCUAGUGCCAUUUAUUUAACUAUUUAAGUAUUUUUUUCAGGAUAAGCAACUAGUUCAGAUUUCCUCCGAUACAUGCAUAAUAUCAGAGAGAUGUAAUUUAGCAUUAUUUAAUUAGGCCAUUUAAAAAUUGUUUGAAUUUAUUACCUAAUUUGUGCAUUCUGGCUUAAGCAUUUCAUGACAAUUCCAGUUGAAAUCUGCUGAAUUUAUUUGUGUACUUUUGCUACAUCUGUGAUAAAAGUCUUCCUUUACUGUUAGAGGCACAGAAUGUUUAAGUGUAUUAUUUUUACCUUUUUUUAAUAAUAAACUACUGUGUACAUGAA